GUCAGAAACCGUGUGAAACACCGAUUGUGGAUUGUGCGACGUGUGUUGGUUGUUCAUUUUUCGUUCCUGCUCCAUGUGGAGUAGUUUGUUCGCUUUCUUCUCAGAAUAAAUUUAGUUUUAUUGUGAAGUGCACCUCAAUAGUUGCAUAGCUGUGAAAUGGCGACUGAACGGAAGGGAACUUUUAAGGUGGAAUACCUGCAAAAGAUCGAACGGGAAAUGCAGGAGCGAUGGGAUCGAGAAAAGUUGCACGAAAACGAUGCCGCUGACACGCCAAGGAAAAGUCCGGAGGAGAAAUUUCUGGUUACUUUCCCGUUUCCGUACAUGAACGGAAGGCUACACUUGGGGCAUACUUUUUCGUUAUCCAAGGCGGAAUUCGCCAUCCGAUUCAAUCGUUUGAAAGGGAAGCAGGUGCUGUUUCCUUUCGGGUUCCACUGCACCGGUAUGCCCAUCAAGGCCUGCGCGGAUAAACUGAAACGUGAGAUGGAAACGUUCGGAUGUCCUCCGGUUUUUCCAGUUGAAAAAGAAGUAGAGAUUGUCGAGGAGAAAGAUGUGAUUCCAAAGGACAAGAGCAAGGGAAAGAAAAGCAAGGCGGUGGCCAAAACUGGGGCAGCCAAAUACCAGUGGCAAAUUAUGCAAAGUCUUGGUUUGAAGGAUGAGGAAAUUCAAAAAUUUGCCAACACGGACCACUGGCUGGAAUAUUUUCCACCGUUGGCCAUUCAGGAUCUGAAGGCUAUCGGGUGUCAUAUCGAUUGGAGGAGGACGUUUAUUACGACAGAUGCUAACCCAUUCUUUGAUUCGUUCGUUAGGUGGCAGUUUAACCAUCUGAAAGCGCGAGGAAAGAUUAUGUACGGCAAGAGGCAUACAAUUUAUUCGCCCAAGGACGGGCAACCUUGUAUGGAUCAUGAUAGAUCAUCAGGAGAAGGUGUUGGGCCCCAAGAGUAUACUUUGAUUAAGAUGAAAGUUACAGGAAAGCUCCCUGUCAAGUUGGCAUCUGUUAAAACGGCGGUUUAUUUGGUCUGUGGUACAUUGAGGCCAGAAACUAUGUACGGUCAAACUAACUGUUGGGUGCAUCCGGAUAUCAAAUACAUCGCAUUUGAAACCACUCGUAAUGGGGAAGUUUGGAUUUGCACUAGACGUGCUGCUCGGAAUAUGGCCUAUCAAGACUUCACUGCCAGAGAAGGCCAAGUCAAGGAAAUUGCCGAGUUGACUGGACAAGAAAUUAUGGGACUGGCACUAUCGGCUCCUCUGACUGCUCACAAAGUAAUUUACACGCUGCCGAUGUUGUCGAUUAAAGAAGAUAAAGGAACUGGUAUUGUUACGUCCGUACCAUCUGAUUCUCCUGAUGAUUAUGCUGCACUGUUAGAUUUGCAGAAGAAGCCUGCCUUCCGCGAAAAGUACUCCAUUACGGAUGAGAUGGUUCUACCUUUUGAACCAAUUCCUAUUAUUGAGGUACCAGGUCUGGGUAAGCUUAGUGCUGUUUAUGCGUAUGAUAAAUUUAAAGUCCAAAGCCAAAAUGAUCGAGAUAAACUACAGGAGGCCAAAGAACUUGUUUAUCUCAAAGGUUUCUACGAUGGAGUGCUGCUUGUUGGUGAACAUGCCGGAAAGAAGGUGCAAGAUGUAAAGAAAGAUCUCAAACAAUAUCUGGUAGACCGCAAUGAAGCCGAUACGUACUACGAGCCGGAGAAGACGAUCAUUUCCCGAUCGGGUGACGUUUGCGUGGUGGCUCUGUGCAAUCAGUGGUAUUUAAACUACGGCGAGGAAAAGUGGCAGAAGACUACCACCGACCAUAUGCGCACGAUGCAGCUUUAUCACGACGAGGUUGCCAGGAAUUUUGAACAUUGUCUCGAUUGGCUGCAUGAAUAUGCAUGUUCAAGAACGUACGGACUGGGCACGAGACUUCCGUGGGACGAUCAAUGGCUGAUUGAAUCGCUGUCCGAUUCGACCAUUUACAUGGCGUUCUACACGGUGGUACAUCUGCUCCAAAAUGGUUCCUUCCGAGGAGAAAAACCAAGCCCAUUGGGAAUAACGGCAGCUGAUAUGACUGCCGAAGUUUGGGACUAUAUCUUUUUCAAAGAUGCUAAGCUGCCUGGUUCGUCGAAGAUCACAAAGGCAAAUUUGGAUAAACUGAAGAAGGAGUUCAACUAUUGGUACCCAGUUGACCUACGAGUCUCUGGUAAGGAUCUGAUCCAGAACCAUCUGACCUUUUUCCUGUACAAUCAUGAGGCCAUGUGGCCCAACGACCCGUCUAAAUGGCCACGUGGCAUCCGAUGCAACGGUCAUUUGCUGCUAAAUUCGGCCAAGAUGUCCAAAUCGGAUGGUAACUUCCUGACACUGUACGAGGCGAUUGCCAAGUUCAGUGCCGAUGGAACGCGACUUUGUCUGGCCGAUGCAGGCGAUAGCAUUGAAGAUGCUAACUUUGUUGAAAGUAGCGCCGAUGCCGGAAUCCUUCGGCUGUACACAUUUAUCGAGUGGGUAAAGGAGACACUUGCUGCAAAGACCAUGUUGCGGAAAGGACCGCUGGAUGAUUUGAAUGAUGCCGUGUUCAUGAGUGAGAUGAAUCUGAAGGUAAAGGAAACAGAGGACUACUAUCAGAAGAUGUUGUACAAAGAAGCUUUGCGAACCGGAUUCUUCGAAUUCCAAUCGGCACGUGACAAGUACAGAGAACUCUGCGGAUCUAAUGGAAUGCAUGUGGAAUUGGUUUUAGAAUUCGUCCGUCGUCAGGCAUUGCUGAUUGCUCCAAUCUGUCCGCAUGUUGCCGAACAUGUCUGGCAGCAAUUAGGCAACAAAACUAGCAUCCUGAAAGCGACGUGGCCACAAGCUGGUGCAAUCGACGAGCGGAAAAUUAAAUGCUCUGCCUAUUUAAUGGAUGCCGCCCAUUCGUUCCGUGUGAGCCUCAAAACAAUUUCCCAAACUAAGGUCAAAGCUGGGAAAACUGUCGCCGCUCCGACGGUAGUGAAGCCCAGUGAGGGUACAAUUUGGGUGGCCAAGUCGUUCCCACCAUGGCAAAGUUGCGUGCUGGACACGAUGCGGGAACUUUACGAAAAGACCAACGCUCUUCCUGAUAACAAAGUAAUUUCUAUGGAGCUGGGUAAACAAGAGAUCCUGAAGAAGUAUAUGAAACGUGUAAUGCCAUUCGCUCAGAUGGUUAGAGAACGUGUAGAAUCUGCUGGCGGACCGGGAAAGAGCGCCAUGGAUGUUACAUUGGACUUUGAUGAACGGGAAGUUUUGGAGAAGAAUAUGAGUUACUUGAAGAACACUUUGGAACUGGAAACAUUGAACAUUCGUUUCACCGAAGAAGCAGAUGCCCCUGAAAAGAUGAAGGAAGAGGUACGACCGGGAGCUCCGUACAUUGUGUUCACCGUUAAACCAUUCGUCUCUGUCACUCUUGAAAAUCCAAUCGAACGAUCUGGUUUGUUUACGGUCAACUUGAAUCUGUGUGAGGGUGACACGAGCUCGAUCUUCCGAGAGAAAUUGGCAAAGCAGAUUGAAUUUAAAGCUGACCUAUCGGCAUUGGAAAUUCUGCGUUUUGAAGAUCCAAUUCUUGGCCCAAGAAAGCCACCAACUUUCCAGGACUACCGUAACGGCAAGUUGACCAUUGAAAAUGGCACAUUCAGCAUUGACGUGGAUAAAAAGCAGUUAUUCCUCACCAAUGGAUCGGUAAAGAAUUUAAAUGUUGGCACUAAUUUUAUCUAUGUUAUCAACUAAGGUAAUCUAAUGUAUGAAGGAAGAAUAUGCGGGCGCGUUCUUUGAACUUUCAUAACUAAUCAAAUAAAACUAAAUAAUUUAAAAUUAUAUUCUAA